AUGAAGUCUCUCUCGGUGGUGCCCGCCGAACGAGUGUUCCAGAUGGGAACUCAAAACCAUUCCCUGCGUCUGCAGGCCGAAUCACCACCAGGGUCGCUUGCCGAUGCUAGAAACGUGCUAGGUCUAGGUCAUAGGCACCUCAGCCGCAGCGGAAACACAAUCGUGGAGAGAGAGCGAUCUGCGCCCGUUCGAACGAGGGCUGAGGCACAGAGAGCUGCCAUUUGA